UCGGUCUUCUUCUCCGUUUUCUUUUCGUCCUGCUGCUUCUUCGUGACGCACAGAUACAUCUCCUUGCUCCCUCCAUUUUAUUCUACCCCCUUCGCGCUGCUUCUUCAUCCCAUUCGAAUGCCAUUCGAAUUCCGUCGCGAAAUCUUCCCGCCCCCUUAUUAUUCUUUCUUAAGGUCGCCUUCUUCCCAUUACUCUACCCCUCUCGCUGCCGCUCCACGCCGUUUGAAUUUCGUCAAGAAAUCUUGCUUUCUUAUUCGUUUCCUCGGUCGUAAUCUUCUUCUUCUUCUUCGUCCUAGUCUCCUCUGGCCUUGCCGUACAGAUGGAGCCCUUCGUUCUGGACAAUGGCAGUGGGUUUAUCAAAGCUGGCUUUGCCAAUCCGGACAGUGAACCCCACAUGGUGAUACGAACGGCGGUGUGCUCGAUUGAUGCCGGCAAUGGGGACGAUGAAGGGGAUGGCGACGGGGUCCCGAUGUCGGAGGAGUUCGACUUGCGUUCUCCUGUGGGAGCCGGUCGAGCUUCGGGCGAGAAGAAGAGCGGAGGAGGAGGAGGAGGAGGGGGCGGUGCGGCUGGUGGUGCUCUCCUCGAUACCUCUGCGGCGGCGCUGGCGGCGGCGGCAGGAAACGGCCACUUGACGGCUGACGUGGCAGCAGUAGCAGGCGGGGCCGUCGGAUUGUCUUCGCUUGGAUCAUCUGUAAUCUAUCCGAUCGAGCGUGGUAUUAUCAAGAACUGGGAAGCGAUGGAAGACUUGUGGCACCAUAUUUUUUACUCGAAUAAGCAGUUUUGGGAGGUCGGACAGGAAGGGCAGCUGCUGAUCGCCGAACCCUUGUUUACUCCCAAAGCAGCGAGGGAAAAGAUGGCUCAGGUCAUGUUUGAAACGUUCAAUGUGUUGGGAUUGUACUCUGUUGAGCAGGCGAUUCUCUCUCUUUACGCCAUGGGUAGAAUCUCGGGGUGCGCGGUAGAUAUUGGUCAUGGCGUCAUCGACAUCGCGCCAGUAUGGGAGGGAGCUAUGCAACACGCGGCAGCAAAGAGGGUGAAGAUAGGCGGCCAAGAUCUGACGGAGCUCAUGGCUCGAUUGAUGAUGAACUCUAGAUCCCUUUCCUCCCCCUCUGGCUCUCCUAGCAAGGCAAAGAACGUGAACACGAGCGCAGCUAUGGAAGACGGCGGCGGCGGCGGCGGCAAGCAUGAGAGCUCUGGCGAUGGCGGCGCGGGAGCUAGCCAUGGUGGUCGUGGUAAUGUUAGUCCUGGUGGUGGUGGGAGCGGAAAUCGCGGUCAUCAAUCUACACCUACUCUCUCUCCUCCUCCUCCUCCUCCUCCACCUCUUCUUCCUCCCCCUCCAGCGCCUCUUUCCGUACCCAUGAUUACCCUUCCUCUCCCUCCUCCUCCUCCUCCUCCUCCUACUCUUUCUCCUUCUCUAGCCGUAGUGAUUAACACUGAUAUUGCCGAGGUUCUCAAGGAGAGGUACGCGCUCGUUGCCGAUGAUGCCAUAGCGUAUCGAAAGGUGCUGUCGGGUCAAGACGCUACGUCUUCGUUGUCUCCUUCGUCUUCUUCCUCGUCUCUUGUUCAACACACUCUUCCAGACGGUCAGGUUAUUAGUGUUAGCGGUAGAGAGAGAUACACAGCCGGGGAGGCGAUUUUUGAACCGUCGAUCUUGGGGAUCAACGACUGCGGGAUUGUCGAUCAUGUGUACAGAAGCAUUACUCUUUGCGGUCCGUCGGAAAACCAACGACAAAUCUUGGAAAAUAUCGUUCUUUGUGGCGGUGGAAGUGUCAUACCCGGGUUGGAUUCGCGCUUUCUCCGCGAGAUUUCGGUGCUUGCGCCGCCUUCCAUGCGUCCUGCCGUCGUGAAGCCGCCGGACUACAUGCCCGAAAAUACGGUGAAAUAUUCCGCGUGGAUUGGGGGAUCGAUCCUUGCCAAAAAUGUCUUCCCUCAAAAUCAACACAUCACCAAGGCCGAAUACGACGAAAUCGGACCGACUGUAAUCCAGAGGAAAUGCUUCUGACACGCGCGACAAAGAGAGCAAAGAAAAAGGAAAGUUCCUUUUGGCGGAGAAAAUGAUAGCGAAACCAACAAUAUGCAUGAUCAGUUUUCUUCAUGUAUGCAUGGGCCUGGAACGGCGAGAGAGACAGCGGUUGUAUACUUUCGCACGCUCUCCCUCCCUCCCUCUCUCUCUCUCUCUCUUGCGCGCGCGCGAUAGAUAGAUAGAGAGAGAGAGAGAGAGAGAGAGAGAGAGAGAGAGAGAGAGAGAGAGAGAGAGAGAGAGAGAGAGAGAGAGAGAACACGGAUGAUACCGACAGGCAGGUAAAUAGAUUUAGAACUGUAAUCAUCAUGAUUUGGCCUGCGUUUCCUUUCUCUUUCAAUUUUUUCGUGUCUCGUGCGUGCACACACACACACACACACACACACACUUACACACACAGAGAGAGAGAGAGAGAGAGAGAGAGAGAGAGAGAGAGAGAGAGAGAGAGAGAGAGAGAGAGGAGAGAGAGAGAGGCAGGUAGAUAGAUUUAGAACGGGGAUUGUCAUGAUUUGCCCUGUGUUUCCUUUUUCUUUUAACUGAGAGAGAGAGAGAGAGAGAGAGAGAGAGAGAGAGAGAGAGAGAUGGCGGGUUUGUGUGAAAUAGUUUCGCCCGACUUUGUUUUCUUUGAUUUCGGCUCAUCUACCGGACUCUAUUUGAUUGAGCGGGUAGACUGGUGGGCAAUAUCACAGCGCAACGUC